AUGCUCAGCUCCCCGAGUGCCCACGAACCCAUCUCUAUUACCGUGAACGAUGCCGAUGGUCAGGCAUUGAAGUUACCGGGGGAGGACGACACGGGCGUCUUCUCCUUCGAUGGUGUCAAUGGCGCCUCACCUAUCUCUAGCCAUGCGCCGUCCUCAUCACCCAUGAGCGCGAAUUGGGCCCCAGGAGCCUUCCGCGAGGCGCCUGGCUCUCCCAAUAGUCCCUUCAGCGACCCUCCCUCCCCUUUCUCUGGCUAUGAGCACUACUCUGGGCCCUCGUCGCCAUAUAACGAGCAGUCACCGGGCUCCUCGCACCAGUCCUCCCCGAUCGUGACCCGCAUGGGCGCCAUGGACCUUACCGAGGAGACUUCCUUCGACUUCUCUACGAUGUCUCCCAAUGAAUACGGAUUCUCAUCCCCCACCUCAUCCACUACCGACAUGUCGCGCGGCCGAUCGUCGUCACGAUCGACUGAGUCUCAAGGACAGCGCCGCGACAUCAGCCAGCUCGGCAUCCCUGACAUGCAAUACGCAUCCGACUUCAUGUCAGAUGGAGGGCUCAUGCCAGAAGGAUCGUCCAGCGAGCUUUUUGGGCAAACAGACCCUCUCAACGACCCCGUCUUCUCGUCUUGGGGGACGGAAGCUCCUCAACCAUCUUCAUGGGGGACCGACGAUGUUCAGUCGUCCUGGGGCACCGAAGCCGCCCAGCCAUCCCUCACCGUCGAUACCGCCGCCACGAACUUUGCGGCUCAGGAUAACAGCGCCACACAAUCGCGCCACCGACGCGGGCUGUCCGCGUCCUCGAACGAUCCCUUCAUCAGCGGGUACUCCCCCACAUCACACACCUCGUCACCCUCGGGCGAGGGCGCGCUAGGCUAUCCUGGCGAGGGUAUGCCAGGAUAUGCCGGUGAAGGCAUGCCGGGCUACGCGGGCCCGCCCUCACCAGUACCCUCCGAGCCGCAUCUGAGCGCAGCCCUAUCAAGCCGGAGAUCGAGCUAUUCAGAGUCGCACAACGGCCAUAGUGUGGCGGCGGCGAACCGCGGCCGCUCGCACUCGCGUACCUCGUCCUCCGCGUCCUCCUCGCGCAGGCCCAGCCCGUACUCGCGGCCAGACUCCGUCUCGUCGUCGCAGUUCCUUGCGGUGCCCGACCACCACACGCUCCAGCGGCGGCAUAGUCUGCACAACGGGCGGGUGCGGCCCAUGGACGAUCGCCCGCUCAGCGACGCGCACGCGACGCUGCAGAGGCAUAUUAGCGCGCCCGUGCCGAGGAGCAGGGAGCCGAGUCCUGCGCGGCCGGGGCAUAGGCCGUGUGGCCGCCCCUCGUCGCCCUACCUCCUCCCGCAGACCGUCUCGCCCAACGAGCUGCACAAUCGGGAUGCGAGUCCCGCACGGUUCGGCCAUAGACCAAGUGUUUCCGAGGACAUACGUGCGAGUGGCUCCUCCACCCUGGCGCCGCCGACGACGGUGUCGCCGCAGGACCUCUUCCUCCGCGAGCCCAGCCCCGCGCGCUUCGGGCACCGUGGCUCGAUGUCGGAGGACAGGCGGUACGCGGGCGCGAGCAGCCUCGCGCCGCCAGGGCAGGAGGCGCCGUAUCAGGAGCCGUCGCCGUUUCGCGUUGGGCCCUCCUCGUCCUUCCGCGGCGGGCAGGAGGCGCUCUACUCGAACGAGGGGUCCUCCUCCUCGUCCUUCCUCUCGCCAACGACCCCGGAAGACCUGCAGCUCGGCGAGUCCGACAUCGUGAAGAAGAAGGUCGCGUCGGCGGCGAUUCUGCAGGCGAGCGGCGGGCGAAGGAAGAAGGCUGCUGACUUCAAGUGUACGUGGGAGCAGUGCAAUGCGACGUUCACGGCGAAGCAUAAUCUGACGAACCAUAUGAACUCGCACAAGGGGGUGAAGCCACACAAGUGCAGGUACUGCGGCAACGGGUUCACGACCUCGGGCACCGCGCGGAGGCACGAGAACCAGUGCAGCCAGAACCCCGGGAAGCAGGCCGGCGGGGCUGUCUCGUCUUCCUAG